AUGGCCUCGGUGGGUCCCUCUGCGACCUCCACGCAGCCUGCCUUGCCCUCUGGAAUUGCUGUCCUAAAAACCAUCCCCUACGCGUUCAUCCUACCGGAGAUAUUCUGUGGGACUUGGGUGUGGAUCCUUGUUGCUGCUACCGCUGUCUCCUACCCGCUGCAGCAGGGAUGGGUGAUGUAUGUGUCCCUCAGCUCCUGCCUCAUCUCCCUGCUGCUCCUCUUAGGCUACCUCCUCGGCUUCCACAGGAACAGCGAGAACUGGAAAGUGCUGGACAGUUUGUACCACGGUGCCACAGCCAUUCUGUACUUGAGCGCUGCUGUCUUGCAAGCCAAUGCGACCAUCUACUCUGAGUUUGACCCCCAAGGGACACUCCACUACCAGCUCAACAGUGCUGCAUCGUUCUUUGCCUUCCUCACGACCUUCCUGUACAUCCUCCAUGCCUUCAGCAUCUACUACCAGUGA